AGAAGCAGUGAAGGCUAAUCCUGUCCCCUUUCCCUCCAGGGGAGAGCUAUCCCUUUAACCCGAGGGGAGGGGCCAAGGCCGCAGGAGGCUGCAGGGAGUUGGCACAGCUGGUGCUCAGGAAGGCCGGUGGGCAGCGGACUGGCCCUGAGCUGGUCUGAGAACUGUUGGGAAGGAAGGUCAUUCCAGGUUGCAAUUCUUUGAUUCUCUCUCCCCAACUGAAACAUGGGGCUGCCUCUGACCUGUCUACUCCUGGGUCCCUAACCCUGAAAAUGCCUGGCAGACGGCCCUCCAGGUGGUUGCCGAGAUGAAGAGCCCCCUGGAGGAAUGCGCCGAGGGUGAGCCCUUCCACGUCGUCACGCCUCUGCUGGAGAGCUGGGCGCUGUCCCAGGUGGCCGGCAUGCCUGUCUUCCUCAAGUAUGAGAACGUGCAGCCGACGGGCUCCUUCAAGAUCCGCGGUAUCGGGCAUUUCUGCCAAGAGGUGGCCAAAAAGGGAUGCAGACACCUGGUGUGUUCCUCAGGGGGUAACGCGGGCAUUGCAGCUGCUUAUGCCGCCCGGAAGCUGGGCAUCCCAGCCACCAUUGUGCUCCCCGAGGGCACCUCUGUGAAGGUGGUGAAGAGGCUGCAGUGGGAGGGGGCCGAAGUUCAGCUGACUGGAAAGAUCUGGGAUGAGGCCAAUCUGAGGGCACAAGAGUUGGCCAAGAAUGAUGGCUGGGUGAACGUCCCUCCAUUUGACCACCCCCUGAUAUGGGAAGGCCACAUGAGCCUGGUGCGGGAGCUGAAGGCAGCGCUGGGGACCCCACCGGGUGCCCUGGUGCUGGCAGUCGGGGGCGGAGGUCUCCUGGCGGGGGUGUCAGCUGGUCUGGCAGAGGUGGGCUGGCAACACGUGCCCAUAAUUGCCAUGGAGACCCAAGGGGCACACUGCUUCAACGCGGCCAUCAAGGCAGGCAGGCUGGUGACGCUUCCCGGCAUCACUAGUCUAGCCAAGAGCCUGGGGGCCAGGACAGUGGCUGCACGGGCCCUGGAGUGUACGAAAGAGUUUAGGAUCUUCUCGGAGGUGGUGGCAGAUGCUGAAGCCGUGAGUGCUGUGCAGCGAUUCCUGGAUGAUGAGCGAACACUGGUGGAGCCUGCCUGCGGGGCAGCCUUAGCUGCCAUCUACUCAGGCCUCCUGGGGAGGCUCCAGGCUGAGGGCCACCUGUGCCCUUCCCCAGCCUCAGUCGUGGUCAUCGUGUGCGGAGGCAACAGCAUCGAUAGUGGGGAGCUACAGGCUCUGAAAGCCCAGCUGGGCCAGGAUUGAGGGCUCCUGGUUUGGGAGGGCCAGCUGGGUUCCAGCGAUCCCCAAGAGGCUCCUGGACACCCAUAUAGCUGGCUGAGGGGCCUCUGGGCUCAUGGAAGGCAGUAGAAGCCGCCCUGUGCUGGCAGCCUCCUGCAGGAGGCCCACCUGAGCUUGUCCCUUUGGCCUCCCUGCAGCUCUGGCCAAUAAACCCUUUCUGAGUUGAGUCUGUAACUCCAGCAGGUCCCUUUUUUUUUUUUUUUUAAACCUCCGUGGACUCAGGGAAGGCGCACGGCAACCUUGAUGUCAGUGCUCUUCAUAUCCUACAGCUUGGGCAAUAAAGCCAAGAAUUCAAAACUGGGGUUUCUAAGGGAAUCUGGCCAUGCUGAGUUCCUUACCAGGCUUCCAUUACCUAGGGGACCUGCUCAGGAAGGGGAGGGAGCAUUCUGUCACUUCUCAGCCCUGGGUCAGUGAGGACAACUCCACCAAUCUUUUUUAAAAAGUAUUUUAUUCGUUUA